AUGGACAGCGACAAAAAGCCGAUUCUGAUAUCAGGCUGGACUGGUUAUUCAUCACCAAGCUCUUAUGGAAGGUCAACAGAAAGAAAGGUUUCAGGUCAAUAUCGUUUUUCUGGUUCAAGAUAUCAAAAUUCUGGGAAAGAUUCUUCUUCUAGCAAAAGUUGGCACCACGGCCCAGUAAUUUUUUCUUUUGCGGAGAUUCAGAGGGCAACUGCAAAUUUUGCACCGGUUCAUCAGAUUGGAGAAGGCGGUUUUGGAACUGUUUUUAAAGGAAAGCUUGAUGAUGGAACUUUUGUUGCUAUCAAACGUGCAAGAAAGGUGGUGUGGUUUGGAUUUGUUUAUCUUUGCAAAAUAUGUGGUUUAAAAGGUAACCGCCUUGAAAUGGCACAACGUCUUGAGAUUGCUAUUGAUGUAGCUCAUGCAUUGACCUAUCUCCACACUUAUACAGAUACUCCAAUUAUACACAGAGACAUUAAAGCAUCAAACAUUCUCAUCACAGAUAAGCUCAGAGCUAAAGUGGCAGAUUUUGGCUUUGCUCGUUUGGUUUCUGAAGAACCCGGGGCCACUCAUAUAUCGACUCAGGUCAAAGGAUCUGCAGGAUAUGUGGAUCCAGAUUACCUCAGGACGUUUCAACUAACAGACAAGAGCGACGUUUACUCUUUUGGUGUUUUGCUCAUUGAGCUUGUCACCGGAAGACGUCCCAUUGAGUUAAAGAGACCGAGAAAAGAUCGGCUCACGGUUAAAUGGGCAUUGAGGAAACUCAAAGACGAUGAAGCUGUUCUUGUGAUGGAUCCAUUGCUCAAGAGAAACAGAGCCGCCAUUGAAGUGGCUGAGAAAAUGUUGAAACUGGCGAGCGAAUGUGUUACUCAGACGAGAGCUACACGACCGGGUAUGAAAGGGUGUGUGGAGAAGCUAUGGGGUAUGAGGAGAGAGAUGAAGGAGACAGUGAUCUGUUCCUCGGCCUCUGUUUCUUCGUCUUCUUCAGCAACGCACAGCUUCGUGGGUCGUGAUUCGGACAGAUACGUGUUACCGAGGAUUAUAGACGAUGAGAACAGCACUGUGUUACUCUCUCCUUGAUGAGACCAGUUUGUGAAAACAUCUUUUUACUUAGAUGAAUACUAAAUACACAUAUAAUCACUGUAAUUUUUUUUCUUUUUUUUUUUGUCAUUGUAUUGUAUGAUGAUAUCUCUUUGACUCUUUGUUCUUUCCAAUCUUAUUAUAAAAGAAAAUUGUGAAUACUUUUUUGUUAA